GUUCAUCACUAGUCGCGGCACUAUUUACUUAUAUGUUAUGUAUAUAUAAACACACACAUGUCAACUUAGUAAAUAGAAAUGAAUAGAACCGUACAACCUCGGAUAUUAAUAAGUUCCUUAAAACACUGGCCACGCCGUUAUGCAGCUGACCAAGCACAGGCACGGCCUGAAAAACGUUCGGAGUGCAUUGGUCUUACACAACCACCGGAUCCGCAAUCGGUGAAAACCGACUAUGUUGGCCCGCCAGAUCCGAUAUCCAAUUUACGUCCAUAUGUGCGGCAUUACGAUGCGAAUGAAACGGCAUUGGCCAAGAAAUUACGUUUGCUACGCAUCGAAGUGGAAAAAUGGAAUAUGGAUUUCUGGACGAAGCACAACUCGCGGUUUUAUGAGGAAAAAGAGGACUUUAUAAAACUGCACAAACUCAGUGGAACCAAUGAAAUUAGCUCCGAUCAAAUGAGUGUUUUUUAUAAAUCGUUUUUAGAUAAAAAUAGACGCAUCCAUAUAAUGUACAAUAUAUCAUGGUAUUUGAAAAAUUUCGAUAUGGUCACGUUAGCCUUUGCCGUAGAAGUGGAAAAGUUAUUAAAUCGACUUAGGAGAAAGACGUAGCAAACCCGCAUUCAGCACAAUCAACAGACAACAAAGUUUUUUUAGCGUUAAACAAAUGUAUAUAUAUAUAUAUACAUCGAUUUAUAUA